AUGGUCAAACAGGUUUUAGAUCUGGCACUGCGUUUUGAGAAGGUAGUUCGUGAUCGUAGUUUGGCAUUUGAAGGAUUUUUGCGUCAAUUUAUUGUUUGUCUUAUGUUUUUUGAGCCUAGCACUCGGACUAAUCAUUCAUUUAAAAAUGCCAUGUUUCGAUUGGAUGGCAAAGUUGAUGUUUUUAAGAAGGAAUGUUCAUCGGAGAAGAAGGGCGAAACAUUUGAGGAUACAAUCAAAAUGAUGGGACAAUACACAGAUUUACUAGUUCUCCGACAUCCAAGUAAAAAUGCAUGUGAACUUGCUCUACAGGCUGUAUCUACUCUAGAUCGUCCAGUACCUAUUAUAAAUGCUGGUGAUGGAACGGGUGAACAUCCAACUCAAGCAUUACUUGAUCUCUAUACAAUUCGUGAAAAAUUGUCAAGUAUAAAUCAUAAAACAAUUGCUAUUGUUGGCGAUCUGAAAUAUGGGCGUACUGUUCAUUCACUUGCAAAAAUUCUUUGUUUAUAUGAUGGUAUUAUUCUUCACUAUGUUUCGCCAUCAAAAUCUUUGGGAAUGCCUGAACAUGUUAAACAAUAUGUUGAACAAUAUGCUAAACAAUAUAAUAAAGAAAUUAUUCAGAAAGAAUUUACUUCCCUGGAAGAUGGUAUUCACAAUGUUGAUGUGAUUUACAUGACUCGAAUACAACAGGAACGCUUUACGGAUUCAUCAGAAUAUGAAAAAAUCAAAGGCAAAUUUAUUCUCACACCAAAAUUACUAAAUAUGGCAUCAACUAGAACGGAACAAGAAACGUUCUUUUCAACAUCAGAUCGUCGUCAUCCAACUCCAAUUGUAAUGCAUCCACUUCCUCGUAAUGACGAAAUAAGUACUGAAUUGGAUACAGAUGAGCGAGCAGUUUUUAUGAAACAAGCAGAAUAUGGAGAAUAUGUACGUAUGGCCCUUCUAACUCUUGUUUUACGUAAGGAUUUUUAA